AAAUUUCUUUCUCUCUCUAUACAGAAUAGAUAUUAAACCUAAACGAGUUCUAAAACGUUAGCAACUGACAUAGUUACCGCUCUCGUUGCCAUAAUAAUUGGAAUGCAGCGCGCAAUUAAUCCAAUCGGAUAAUAACAAUUAUUUCGCGUGCACGUGAUGUGAUUCAACAUUCGACGCUGCAAUCCAUCAAACGUCAAGGAGCAUCGAGGAAAUGGGUCGAAUGAAAAUUUCCAGAAAGAUACAAGUGGAAACAUGGCUUACCAGGGACAAAAUAAGUCGAUAUCGUGGAAUUCUGAAAUUACAUGCACGCGAUAAGAAAUUGCAGUUGUCGCAAGCUACGAAAUUGAAAUCAAUAGUGUCGAAAAAGAUCGUGUCUCUGGAAGUAGAUAUUAAAAGACAUCGCGAAAUUGUUACUGAUUUGAGCGAUGACGGUAAACGACAUGUACUCGGAUCGCUGGCUGACCACAGACUAUUUUAUUUGGCAUUCAGUCACCUAAAACCAUCCGAAAUUUAUGCAGCGAUAUAUCAAGAUUGCAGUGUGAAACGUCGUCUCUUGGACAAACUCUAUUAUAAAAGAAAGAAAAAAUUGCAGCGAGGUAUUGAACUGCAGUCGAAUCGCUGCGUUCUUUUAACCGAUCUCGAGGAGCAAACCGAGGAAUUACCACACUGCGAGCAGCAAAAAUUGAUAGCGAGAUUACAGCAAUCCAUCACAAAAUAUGACGCGGCGAAAGCGAUAUAUUCUACGUACUGCUCGAUGUUAAAUAUCCUGAGAAAGGACGCAAUAUUUUUCGAUUCCUUAUUGAAUAUUUUAAAAGAGGAUCAAUCUUCCCAAUGUAAAGCAAUGUUGAGGGUGACGGUGAUGGGUCAGCUGGCAGCUGAGAGUCUGGAUGACGUUAGACAGAAAUAUAAGAGAAUGACUCGUAUCGUUUUGCGUAAUAUGAAAAUCAGAGAGCAAAUGUUAAGUACUAUACGUUGUCAAGUGGACGAUUUGUGGGCUUACGCGCAAUCGUUGAUUCGCGUUGAAAGCGAUCACAUUUUUGCGAAAAAAGAUCCCGAUGUAUCUGUUGAUAAAAUAUUAGAAAAUCAGUUAGCACUUCUGGAAAAUAUCUGUAUUAAAGUAAAAGAAACUCUACUCGUGCGUUCUUAUUAUGACUUAUUAUCAAGACUUGAAACCCAAUACAAACAGAAGAGAGCUUUGCUAGCGCGAUUAGAUACCAAUAUAAAAAAUCGCGAUCUUUUGUUGAGUAAAAAAAAUUAUGCUCUACAAUUUCUCGAGAAUCUCAAACAUUCUACAAAACCUACAACAGAACAGUAUAAAAUAAACGAUGUACAUGAUAUACUGGAACAAAUCGAGACUGAGAAGAAACGCGAGAAAGAUUUGAAGGAACAGAAGAAAACUUUGGGAGAAUUGUUCACGAAUAUCAGAGCAGCUUUACUGAAUAUAAACAUGAUAUUGCUCUGUGUGAAACUCAGUACCAAAAGUACAAAGAAGCUACCCAGAGAUGCGAAUAAGACGGGACUGAAAGAAAGUAUAAUCACGAUCGAUAGAGAAGAUGUGGAAGAACGCGAUAUGCUAUUGGAACUCGAAGGAAUAGACACCGAUGUUUUGAUGCUGUUAUCGAAAAUUAGCCGGAAAGUAAACCUUCUCUUCGGCAUGAGCAAUUUUGAACUCGAGCAGGAAAAGGAAGAUAGAGCACGGGAUCUCUAUCAAACUUACGUAUCCCAUUAUAAUUCCAAUAUGAUAUUCGGAACCGGUGAAGAGGAGCCGAUUGGACUAUUGGUUGAACAUGAGACAGUUGAUGUCACUAUUCCGACGCGGACAGACAUCAAACUUCGUAGCAGGCAAAUUAUAGAGGCACAUCUGAAACCAGAAUAA